UCUGGUUUAAUUGACUUAUGCUUUCAGGUGUUGUCAGAUCCAAACGGCUGCUCAGAGCUUCACCUGGACUCCACAGACAGCUGCCUUUUCUCAUUGCGUUCAAACCUUUAUUUACCAAAAGUGGUGAAACGCUCUGAAAUCCUUUUGAACAAAGUCAUCCCCUGUAACACCUGUAGUAACCAUGGGCAACAAGAGCGGCGCCGUGUCCAAGGAAAUCCUGGAGGACCUCAAACUCAACACCAAAUUCUCUGAGACAGAAAUCGUCCAGUGGUACGAGAACUUCCAAAAGCAGUGUCCUUCCGGCCGGAUUAGCAAACAGGACUUCCAAGCCAUUUAUACCAAGUUCUUCCCGGACAGCGACGCCAACACCUACGCUCAGCAUGUGUUCCGCUCCUUUGACGAAAACGACGAUGGAACUCUGGACUUCAGGGAGUACAUCAUCGCGUUGCAUAUGACCUCCACCGGGAAGACCAACCGCAAACUGGAGUGGGCCUUCUCCCUGUUUGACGUGGACAAGAAUGGAUACAUCACCAAGAAUGAAGUGAAGGAGAUCUGUGUGGCCAUUUUCAAGAUGAUCCCAAAAGAAGAGGUGAACUGUUUGCCUGCAGAUGAGAACACUCCAGACAAGAGAGCCGACAAACUGUGGAAGAUCUUUAACAAACCAGAUGAAGGGCGAGUGGCAGAGGGAGAGUUCAUUCAGGGAGUUUUGGAUGACGAUGAUGCUCUGCGUUUGAUUCAGUACCAGCCUUCAAAAUAAACACAACAUCAAAAAUCUACACAGCCCCAAAUGCAAGUCUGUUUUUAAAAUGUAAAUUAAACAAAUCCUCUG